UGGUGCUACUUGCGUAGCCUUGAUCAUCUACGGAGCCUACAUGCUCGCGAAGGCACAUCCAAGCGUCAAGAAACCACACAUCAUCUUCAUACUCGCUGAUGACCUCGGCUGGGCCGACGUGAGUUUCCACGGCUCCAGCCAGAUCCCGACACCCAACAUAGAUGCCCUAGCAGCUGAUGGCGUGGUGCUCAAUAACUACUAUGCGCACCCUGUUUGUACGGCAUCCAGGGCGGCCCUCAUGACUGGACUGUACGCGACGCGACACGGUCUUCAGCACAUACCGAUCCAACCAGGCCAACCUUUUGGCCUCGACCUCAACUACACUCUACUUCCGCAGCACCUGAAGAGUCUCGGGUACGAGACGCAUCUUAUAGGAAAGUGGCACCUUGGUUGCUAUCGUGACGAGUACACGCCGACCCAGAGAGGAUUUGACAACUUCUUCGGAUUGUACUACGGCCAUGGAGACUACUACAGCCACAUGCUAAACUCGUGGGAAGGUGCGGACAUCUCGGGCUUAGAUUUCUGGAACGACACGGAGCCUGCCUGGGAAGCCAAGGGUCAAUACAGCACCGAUCUUUUUGCAGACAAAGCAGUGCAACUCAUCGCAAAUCUCGAUAAAUCCAAGCCGCAGUUCAUUUUCUUGAGCCACCAGGCUGUUCAUUCCGGAAACGACGACAAUCGAUUGCAAGCACCAGCGAAAAACGUCGAGAAGUUCCCGUACAUUGGAGAAAAUAACAGAACCAUAUACGCUGGGAUGGUGGAUUCACUGGACGUGGCCGUAGGGCGUACCUUUCGCGCUCUUGCCGAAGCUGGGAUGCUGGAGGAGAGCGUUGUAAUAUUCAGCUCGGAUAACGGAGGUGCGUCCGAAGGCCCUCUAACUUCUCGCGGCUUCAACUGGCCACUUCGUGGAGCAAAAUCCAGCCCGUGGGAGGGUGGAAACAAGGUGGCCGCCUUCGUGUGGUCGCCACUGCUCAACAAGAGGCGCUGGGUCUCUCACCGUCUCAUGCACAUCACUGACUGGCUGCCCACGCUCUAUGGACUUGCUGGUGGCUCGGUACACCAGCUGGGGAAUAUCGACGGCCAUGACAUGUGGGAAUCGCUGACAGAAGAUGUGCCGUCCCCGCGCUCCGAGCUUGUGUACAACAUCGACCCUUUGUCGAGCUAUGCGGCGAUUCGAAAGGACAACUUCAAGAUCGUCGUAGGCUCUCUUCCUGGAGGCAGCUCCGAGCAGCGCUUAGCGAUUCCAGGAGGCGAGAGGCCACAGCAAGACCUUGACGAACUUGUAGAACAAAGUGACGCUGCCGAGGCGCUCAAGACUUUCUACGGAUUGCGGAAACUGGAAUUCACACCAGACUGGCGGUUGAACGCAACGUUAACCUGCCCAGAAGAAUCGUUGUGUGACGAUGAGCGGUUCCAUUCACCAGACAAUGUGUACCUUUUUGACUUAGAGGAGGACCCGUGCGAAUGCAACAACCUCGCUUCCACUCAUAAAGAGUUACUGGAGUCGCUGAACGGAACACUGGAAUUCUACAGGGCACAGACUGUGGUCCCUCUGAAUCCCGCCGUUGACCCUGAUUCCUAUCCUGACUUACACAAUGGAACUUGGGCACCUUGGUUGGAAUGACAAUGUGGAAUCGUGCCAGCUGACACCUCACCCAAACAGCUCUGGCGUCCUCCUUUAUCUUCGCCUUCACCCUAUAGGCCUACAACGGUCAUGACGACGUGCACUGGUGAAGCCGUUUGCCACGUUCACCUGCAAGAUUUCAAUUAUAUCAUAUAUAUACACCACAUCCUAUCUUGUCGAAAGCAGUUACAAGUGCCCUCAACAAAUCUAGUGGAUAGAACGCUCUCUUGCAGUACCCACAGAUUUAGACCAGACGUUUCUGUCUAAAGCUACGCAGCGGAAGGAUGUAAAGGAGUGGCACAGCAGCGGCUUCCUCUAGGUUGAAAUUUAAAAAUCUACCGCGCGUAAUAAAAUUGAUGUACCUGCGCUAUUAGCAAAGUUUUUAAUGUCGUGAUGUUGA